UUGGGACAGACAGAUGCUGUCCCCACUAGGGAGAUUCCUGAUUACAGCGAACAAUUUGCAUAGAAAUGACUUAUUUUAGACAUAUAUCUUGAGGGUGUCCUGCUAAGAGAGGUGUCUGAUAAGGGAGGUUCCACUCUUGUUUUGAUGACAGAAGUUGAUGACUGUGUUACUCUUUCAGAUUGCCACAUCAGAUAAAGGGACGGAUCUGUACGCCUGGUGCCAUAUGUUCUGUCAGCAUUUAAUAGGGGACGCUACAAGACUGGAUGUGGUGCAUAAUGUCGGACUCCCGAGAUGAUAGCAGUCUCUUCCAGCAAAUGCAGAAAGAAUUACAGGACAGUGGUGCAGUGCUUACAAAUGCAUGGACAAAUAUGUUUGGCAUCAUGAUAAAGUACCAGAUGGAACUGUCGGUUAAACAGAAUGCCGUCCAAAUUGCAGAAAAGGAAUUAGAGUUGCGCAAGAAACAGUUGGAGAAUAUGAAACCAACGCUUGUGACAGGGAAGGAGGAACUUUCAAAGUUACAAGAUGAGAUUCAAGCAAAGAAAAGCCAACUUUAUAAAUCACAACAGGACUUGUCAUUGAAAGAUCGCAUGUUCCAAACGGUGCAAGCUGAUUUGGAAUCGAAAAAUUGCCUACUGGAAAAGUCGAGUAAUGAUCUUGUGGAAAAACAGACUGAAGUUUUAAAAUGUAGAAGUGAAAUAGAAUCGCUGAAGUCAGAGUUGACUUUGAAACAUGAUGAGGUAGUAAUUAAAGAUAAUUUGUUGAAAAAGGUACAGGGACAGCUUAUGAAAGAAAACGAAGAACUAAAGCAACAGAUUGAGUUGGAGAGGAGACCGUUUAAGUUAGAACACCAGUCUCUAGACACAGGGCUUCAAGGGAGUAAAGCAGCAAAGAAAAGGACAAAGAAAAGUGAUGAAGGAAACGCAGGAAUUCAGGUUGGUGGCAUGGAGAUGGAAGACUCACCCUCUGUAGGAGACUUGGAUAAAGAUCAGCCCAUGUGUGAGAUAAAGGACUUUUUUUCACAGACAACACCUCCUCUGAAAUCAAAACUGCCCAGGUCACGCAUGACCUCUAGCCCAGCUGCUGAAGGACAAUCAAAAUCAGAUGAAACAAAUGGUUUCACCAAGAGCACAAUCUAUCCAAUUCGUCUUACCAGUGGUGGUCUCAAUGGAGAUCUAAGCUAUCAUGUUACCCUGAAUAAAAGCUUUGAAAAAACGUCUGCAUUCAAUUCUGAUAGUGGCAGAGUGGAGGCCAAGGCUGCCCAGAGCUCAGAACCGGUUAAGAACAAGGAUUCAGAGGUGAGUUUUUCUCUUGCAACCAGAAGCCGUGACCUCAAAAACAACCAUGAAUGUAGAACAUGCAGUAAAUUCUUCCCGAAUGCCCGGAGUCUGCAGAUGCAUGCAAGAAUGCAUCGUGAUGGACAUACCCCUGCUAAGAACCUCCAAGGGCGACUUGACUGGAGAUGCCAGAUCUGUGGAGUUGUAUAUCGCCAGCGAACAAAUUUGAAAAGUCAUAUGAUGACGCACACGGGAGAACGACCAUUUGCGUGUUCGCGUUGUGGAAAAGCUUUCCGGCGUAAAGAUCAGUUGAAGGAACACAUUAAUAUUCACACAGGAGAGAAAACAUAUACUUGUGAGAUUUGUGGGAAAUGUUUCACACAGCGUGGGACGCUCAAUUCUCAUAUGAGAAACAUUCAUAAUGUUUCUCCGCACAAGUUGAACUAUUCGGUGAAUGACGUCACCCCUUAGGCUCUCUUGCGACCUCAACUCAAUCCUCCACAAGUGCC